CCUCUCCUAUCUUUGUCGGCUUCCCGCCGUGUCAACCAAGACCAGUCAUGCAGCGUAGAAGUUCAGCCCCAGUCUCCGCAACUCCUCAGGUAUCGGAGCGUAAUUCACACCGUAUCGGAUCGCCGCCAGCCGCAGAAGUCCUAGACUGGGACGAAGAAGAGCUCCGAGCCGUGCUCGCCCAUAACCUUCACUACACAAUCCGCUCCUCAAAAUUCCCACGGUACGUCCUUACAACCACCUAGUCCUUCUCCCCACUCCCCGCUAACCCGCUCACCAGAACAAUUCACGACCCCCGACGCAUCACCCUUAUCCUAAACAAGAAACACACAUGGUCCGUCCACUCCGUGCUCCUCUCCAAAUUCAGCACCCAUCUCUCCGCCCUCAUGAAAAACCCAAACUUGCCUUCCAUCCACAUCACCGCCGCAAACCCCAUCGCUAGCCCACCCGCCUGGCGCAUCUUCCUCACCUGGCUGUACACCCUGGACAAAAUCCCUCUGCCGGAUUUCACACCCAUACGGAGGGAGAGCUGGAGAAGUAGCCACAUCAGGGACGCGUGCCUGCUCGCUGCGUUUCUCGGUGCCUGGGUGUUUGAAAAAUAUCUCCUGCGCGUUGUCUGCAAGGAGCUAAGCGAUGGGGCGUUUCCGCAGCGCUAUGUGGCGGAUCUUGCAAGAGACAUGCCGGCCUCAACCGGCACGCACCACUUCGCGAACGCUUACUUUCGCUGGAAAGCAGCAGGCCUGCCGGCAGAGCUGGAUCCGUAUAGAUGGCGAGUGGAACAUUGGUAUGCGCUUUGCGGGAGGCAGGGAAAUUGGGGGUGUUUUCAUGAUAUGGGGGCGCGGGGGUGGAGGGGGGUGUGGGAGAGGCAGGGGAGGCUGAAGGGGAAGUUGGGGUGCUGGGUGGAUGUUAGGAGGGAGGGGGGAAAUUGGAUGGAGGAGGUGCUGUGGGAUGGGGUGGAUGCGCUGAAUAAGGAUGGAGAGUUUGAUUGUGAGGGUUAUGAAGAGCUGGGGGAGGAUGGGGACGCCGAGACGUGCGAAGCGGCCUACGGCAGCGUCUAAUGGACGCUAGAACUUGGCACGCGAAUUCAACAGCCUCGUUAGGCAUGGAAGGAUCCACAUCCCAGUGGCGUGUUAACUCCUUUAGGUGGCC